AUGAAGCUUUUGAUCGUACUUGCACUGAUGGCAUCCGCCUACGGUUUUCCGCAGCACGAACAUCAUGAGUCAACCACGUUUAUUCCCAUCCUGAAGUACGACAAACAGCAAGGCGAAGAUGGCAGCUACAGGACGAUCUACCAAACGGGCAACAAUAUCGUCCACGAGGAGUCGGGCUAUCUGAAGGAUGCCUCUGAGGAUCAUCCGAAUGGGAUCCUGGUGCAACAGGGAGCCUAUUCGUACGAGGCACCAAACGGAGAGAUCAUCCAGGUGCAGUACACCGCUGACGAGAACGGAUUCCGUGUGCAAAGUGAUAGCCUGCCCACCACACCACCCGUGCCGCCGGCGAUCCAGGAAGGAUUGAAGGAAAUCUACGAGGGUAUUAAGCGCCGAGAGCAGGAGGCUAAAAAUAACCCCAAGUACGCCGAGGACGAAGCCAAGCGAGCUCAGCUGGACUAUAACGGCCAGUACUACAACCAGUAG